AUGGCACGACGUAGAUACAGCGCAGAGGAGAUCGACCAAGUUUUAGAGCAGGUCACGCUGAGUUUGGAUAGCGAUAAUGAGCCAACUGUCUCUGAGAGCGAUUUUUCGUCGGCAGAUGAGUCUGUGUCUUCAUCUCCUGAACGAAGUGCGUCGCCAGAAAUUGGCGAUGCUGCUGACGAUGUUGAGGGGAUGGAGAGCACGGAAGCAGCAGCAACAGGUGGUACGGAGGACACCAGUGCUGGCGACGAGGCCAUGUCCUUGAAGUCGCAUGUGGAAGCUGUCGAGGUUCUAGCUGCAGGUGACGAUGGAAGCGAAGGCAUAUGGGUGAAGCAGAGUAUUGCACCUACCGCACUGCCAUUCACUGGCAACUCCGGUCUCCAAAUGCCGCUUCCAGACCAUCCAACUCCACUUGACUACCUGAAAUUGUUCUUCCACGAAGAUUUCUUUGAGUAUCUUGUGACGGAAACCAAUCGCUAUGCACGCGCAUUUAUCGAUGCCAACCUACAUACUCUGCCGGCUCGCAGUUUUGCCCGCUCGUGGAAGCCAGUUGUUGUUGGAGAGAUGAAAGUUUUCCUGGGACUCUACCUCAACAUGGGCAUUGUCAACAAGCCGGAGAUUGACCAGUACUGGGCAACUGACCCUGUGAUAGCCACACCAUUCUACAACCGCACCAUGAGCCGCGAGCGUUUUACAUCAAUUCUCAAUUUCCUUCACUUUGCCAACAACGAUGAAGUUGACGAAUCUGACAAAUUGACCAAGAUCCGGCCCUUGGUGACUUUCCUCCAAAACCGUUUUCAGCAAGUGUAUGUGCCGAAGGAGUGGGUGUGCAUUGACGAGGAGCUGGUGGCAUGGAAGGGCCGUAUUUCAUUCCGCCAGUACAUUCCAUCGAAACGAGCACGGUUCGGAAUGAAGAUAUACGCCCUGUGUGAGGACAGCGGUUAUCUCCACAAUUUCAUCAUUUACACGGGCAAAGACAACGACACUUUCAGCCCGGACACGGUGAAGAAGCUUGGAGUGCCUGGUGCCGUUGUCGACAAGCUGAUGGACCCGCUACUCGGCAAGUGCUACAAGCUCUUCGUCGACAACUGGUACUCCAGCGUGCCACUCGCUACUCACUUGGCUGAGCACAACACCGGCGUCUGCGGCACUGUUCGCAAGAACAGGACUGGCCUUCCAAAGCAGGUGGCAAAGCACAAGGGCCUCCAGAAAGGCCAGUUCCUGUAUCGCUGUGGCGGUGGCAUGAUUUUCAUCAAGCUACAUGACACGAAAGAGGUACAUUUCCUCUCCACGCUCCACACAGCCACGGUCAGUGCAACUGGCAAGCGCGAUCUCCAGCGCCGGCCGGUACGGAAGCUUGAUUUGGUGCAGGAUUACAAUAAGAAGAUGGGUGGUGUGGACAAAAACGACGGGAUGAUUUCGGUGUACACUGCUGCUCGGAAAACCAGAAAAUGGUAUAAAAAACUGGCCACGCACCUGAUGGAGCAGGCCCUGCUAAACGCAUACUAUCUGCACAAGAUGAAGGUGAAGAUGUCGCAUUAUGACUUCGUGAAGGCAGCCAUCAAGAGUUUGAUAGCAGAGGGCAAGUUGGAGAUCACAGAGCACACCACAGCUGUGGCUGCUGCAGCCGGUACCGCAAAGCCACUCGACACUCACUUUCUACGGCUCAUCCCAGCGACUGCCAAGAAGGAGAAGCCGCAGAAGAUGUGUGUGUUCUGCUAUGCCAACGGGAAACGCCGAGAUGUGCGGCAGAUGUGUGCUGAUUGCCCGAAGAACCCAGGGUAUUGCCUUGAGUGCUUCGAGACAUCGCACCGAGGAAAGUAG